AUGUCCCCUGUAAAGCAGCAAAUUUUAUGCCAGCAAGUUGACGAGAUGCUUUCAUUGGACGUAAUUCAGCCUUGUGAGAGCUCUUGGUCCUCUCCAAUCUUAAUUGUUACAAAAAAAAACGGCCAACCGCGCAUUUGCUUAGACAGUCGCAAGUUAAAUUCUGUAACCAAACGCGAUGCUUAUUCCUUGCCAUAUGUUUCCGAAAUUCUGGAUAAUCUGCGAGACGCAAAAUUUAUAUCUAGUAUAGACCUUUCUAAAGCAUUCUGGCAAAUUUUAAUUUCAGAACGCGAUCGCGAAAAAACUGCCUUUUAUGUCCAAGGUCGUGGGACCUUUGGUUUUAAGAGGAUGGCUUUCGGCCUUACCAAUGCACCUGCAACCCAACAAAGGCUUGUAGACUUAUUAUUUGGUUCAUUUGAUCUUAAGGUAUUUGCAUACCUCGAUGAUAUAAUUAUUAUUUCUAACACAUUCGAUGAACACGUUUCUUUAUUAUUACGUGUAAUAAAUAAGUUAAAGGAAGCAAAUUUAACAAUAAACUUUGAAAAAAGCCAAUUUUUUCGGUCUCGUCUGAAAUAUUUGGGCUACGUAAUAGACGCCCAGGGUCUCAGAACAGACCCUGAAAAGGUAAAAGCUAUUUUAGAGUAUCCAACACCAUCUUCAAAAAAAGAUGUAAAACGAUUUUUAGGAACAUCCACCUGGUAUAGACGUUUUGUGCCAAAUUUUAGCACUAUAGCUGGGCCUCUUAAUAAACUUACUUCAAAUCGCAAGGGUGCUCCAAAAUUUUACUGGUCACCAGAGGCAGACAUAGCUUUUAAAAAGCUAAAAGAAUGUUUAGUAUCUGCACCAGUUUUACAUUGUCCUAACUAUAAUUUGCCCUUCCAAGUUCACACAGACGCCAGUAAUUAUGAAGUAGGUGCCAUGUUAACUCAAACAGUCGAUGGCAAAGAACAUCCUGUUGCCUAUAUGAGCAAGUCACUAAAUGCUGCAGAAAAGAAUUACAGCAUUACCGAGAGAGAGAGACAUUAG